AAAGAAACAAAGAAACAAACAAAAAGAGAUAUAAGAAAGGAAGAGAGAGAUCGAGAGAACAAAAUCCCACAAAAAGAUGAGGCUAAUUCACCGUUUACUAGUUCUACUCUUUCUACGAGAGGCAUACGCUGCGGUAGCUAGGAAACCGCCAGCUUUUUCAAAGCCGGUCUAUUCAAAUGCCUAUCUUCCGGCAGCUAUGCAGGUCAUUUUCCAUGCGGUUGAACAACUAAAAGCUAUUCAAGCAAUGGAAACAACUCCCACUACGAGUAUUUCCUCUUCUACUGUUGAAACGAAUCAAGGGACAACAUUAUCCACUGUGAUCGAGGAUAAUUUUAAGGAAACAGAAAUAAUGGAAAUGGCUGAAACUGCAACGGAAAUGAUUAAUAAAAAGAAAACAUUAACUAACGUCGAACAUUACGUUUCAACUUUGGCAACUAUGAUAGACGAUCGGGAUCAGGAAUUUCUUGAAAUCCACGAGGAGACGCCGGAAAUGAAUUAUGCAACUCCGGAAACGAAUUACGAGAAACCGGAAACGGCCGUACAGUUUAAAGAAAUUAAUCAAGAACUUCCGGAAAUAAAUGAAGAGGAAUCGAAUGUCGUACCUACGACAACCCCGGUAUCACUUACGAAAGAUUCCAAAAUUCAAAAUCAACCAAGUAUUGAUAGCAUUGUCGAAGGGAUCUAUGAAAUAAUAAAACCUACCUCGACGGAGAUCUAUGAUGAUCUAUCGGACGAUAAUUAUGACGAUAACAUUAAAAUAGAAAAGAUGGAAGAGGAGGAUGAUGAAAACAGGUUCACAAUGCUUGGUGAAAAAGUGACACAAGUACCAAGGCCGAGCCUUAGCAACUAUUUAAAGCGUGUCAAAGCAGAGCCCAAGGCAUCUUUGGUACAGCUAGCUUCACUCUACGAUGCCCUUGGGAAGGAUGCUAGAAAACAGGGUUAUGGUAAGUACUUUGGAUAUUCCGACGAGGUUCUCCAGGUGCUCGAUACAUCGGCCGAAGGUGGUAUCGGGCCUCAAUUGAAGAAGUUAUUGAACAAGAUCCUUGAAAGGAACGAACUCACCAGGGAAGACGCCAAAAACAGGACGAAACUCGUAAUACGAGAUCUCGAAGAACCUACCAGUGUACUUAGCAACGAUCUUAGAAAUCUUUUACCUCUUCGUUUUUCCUUUUCUUAAAAUGUUCUCCUACUUCUGAUCUUCCAUUUUUCUUUCCUUCCUUCCUUCUUUCCAUCCUUCCUUCCUUUUCUUUUUUUCCUUCUGCUGAUAAAAGACAAAAAGAAAAAAAAAAAAAGAAGUUUCAUUAAAUAGUCGUAUAAUAAUUAAUAGACGAAAAUUGUUAAUCUGUUAACCGAGGGACGAGAGAGUGGAACGACGAGUCAAUUAUUUUAAACAAGAUUUCAAUUCUCUCUGAUUUAAACAAAAAAAAAAAAAAAAGUAAAUCAUUUGACCCUCGCGAUCUGUCCAAUUAAAAGAAAAAGACGGAGAGAGAGAGAGAGAGAGAAAGACGUAAAAAUCUAUUAUAUAUCUCUUUAUUUUACGAUUCAUUAAUUUAUCCGAAGUGUCCAUCUCUCACCACCAUCGCUAUUUCCCCAUCAUCAAGCCUACCCAUCCACCCCCGCCCUCCUCUCCGCUUCUAUUUUAACCAUUUUUGAAUGAAAAUAUAUUUUAAUCAUCUCGAAUGAAAAUAUAUUCUGAUAGAUUCACCUUCAUCGAUCAUCGAUAGUCUUUCUACGCUAACCGUACAUGCGCGGUUAACAGGUUAAAAUUUAAUAAAUUUAUCAAUCGUAAAGAUUAAAAAAAAAAAAAAAAGAAAAAAGAAUUAAAGAAAAAGAAAAAGAAGAUGAAGAAGAAUAAUAUUAAAGUCGCCCUGUCGAGAGCAAGUGCCUAUUUAAUGUGUUUCAUCGAAAAUGACAAAGGGCUGAAACGUGAUCCGAAUCGUUUCAACCAUCUGUCUGUGGUUACCGAGAGAAAGAAAGGAAAAAAAAAAAACAGAAAAAAAAAGAAAAAGAAAAAAAAAAGUAAAAAAAAAAAAAGAAAGAAGAAAGUACAUUAAAACUCAUCCGGAGAAAAAUGAUAGGACUUUGAUCUAGGCUACUGCGAAUUAGUGUUCCUUCGUGAUCGGGAAACGAAUUGGUUAGGGAAACCAAAAAAUUACUCUGGUGCUUCUCGACAUUUUAUGGCAGGUUGCAUGCGAUGCAUAAGUCCGAAUGCGAUUGAUCAAUUUUUUUUUUUUUA